CAUUCUUUCCAUCGCUUGUCUGUCACUCUUUAUCGCAAAUUGUCACUCCUUUCUCUCACCCAGUCCGUUCUUUAGCAUCAAACUUGUUUUCGUCAGUCUUUUCUUACACAGCACCCCGAACUCACCAAUCCAAAUUACCACCCGUACCCCUAAACGUCCGUCCAUCAUGUUGUUCGCCAAGUCUGCUCUUGUCUUGUCCUUUUUGGCCCUCGGCAACAUUGCCGCCGCUGCAGUCCCUAGGGCUUGCCUUCUUGAGGUUAUCGGCAACGAGCCAAAGCCCGGUGAUUUCAAAGCCGUCUGUGUUGAUAAAGUGCAGACUAAAAUCGAGAGUGUGUGCAGCGAUGAUGACAAGAAGGACGCUCUGAAGCAGUUCGCUGACACCUGCUCCUCUGCUGGACACAAAAUCGUCGUCAACACCUCAACCUCCUCGACUGCCUCUUCCACCGGUACUUCCACCGCCGAUUCCAAGUCAAGCAGCUCCGGCUUUGUCACUGCUACCGCUACCAGCACUUCCGGCUCCGGCUCCAGUGCUGGAGUUAACCCUACCUCCGGCUCUGAUUCUGGCUCUAACUCUGGCUCCGGCUCCGGCUCUGCGACUUCUUCUGCCGGCGUACCUCUUCAUACCAAUGCUGGCUCGUCUGACAGGCAUAUUCCCGCUGCUGCCUUUGCUGCGGUUGUCUUCGUCGGCUUCGCCGCUACGCUGUAAGGGUGAUCAACCUUCGAAUCGUUCUACUCAGCUGCGCAGUGUGUAUCGGGUAUCUGGGUGGAAUGACUUAAUUCCAUUCUUGUUCUAUUCUUUGUACCAAUCGUAUAUUGAGACCAAUCUCAGUCAUGUAAGGGUGCGUUGCAAUAACUAGAAGGAGGCCGUAUGCUCCUUCCUGGUAGAUAGUAAGGAAAUCAACCUUGU